ACACUCGGAUAACAUCCGCGCAAUUUCCCCUGGAAUCAGGAAUUUUCAUGGUCAGUUUCCCACUUUUGUACGAUGUCGACCGUUGGUUCAGCGGAACCUUCUUCGUCAUGUUCCCGGUCGGUUUGUCCGGUGUGCGAUAAACUGUUCCCGAUGGACCAAAUCGAGGCACACGUGGACCGGUGCUUGUUUUUGAAUGGAGCAGAGGAUGCCGCUUCAUCAGGUGGCUCAUCAUCGGUAAGUUCCAGUGAUCAGACUUCUCGUCAGAAGCGGAAUUUCAGCAUAUUUGAAAAGUCACCCUCGGUCGUUCCGAAGAAAGCUAGGACAGAUCAACAGGUUGAUGCGAGUAGGAUCGAGUUUCUGGAACGGCAGGUUAUCGAUUUAUCUGAUGAUGAGAAGGAGGAUAAACCGGUGAAGAAGGUUGAACCAAAAAAAGUGGUUGAGAAAGAUGAUGCCAACGUUCCACUUGCCGAGAAGAUGAGACCCAAUGAGCUCGGGGAUUACGUAGGACAGGAACAUAUCAUUGGGAAGAAUACUGUUCUGAGGACGCUGUUCGAGAAAAAUACCAUCCCGAGUAUGAUCUUUUGGGGUCCACCGGGAUGUGGUAAAACCACGUUGGCUCACAUAAUUGCUAACCAUUGCAAAAAACGUGAAAACAUGAGAUUUGUAAAGCUAUCGGCUACUAUGAGUGGAGUCAACGACGUCAAGGAAGCGGUUCAGGUUGCGAAAAACGAACUCAAGUUCAAGCGAAAAACGAUCCUCUUUAUGGACGAGAUCCAUCGUUUUAACAAGCUGCAGCAAGACAUUUUCCUGCCGCAUGUGGAAUCCGGAACAGUCACUCUGAUCGGGGCUACAACGGAAAAUCCAUCGUUCAGCUUGAAUUCGGCACUGCUAAGUCGCUGCCGGGUGAUCGUGCUGGAAAAGUUGAGCAUCGAAGCGAUGGCAAAAAUCCUGGAACGGGCUCUUCCGCAGUACGAAACCGUUAUGUUCGAGAACAACAACCAGAGCCCGGACGUUAGCAAGUUACCGUUCAUUCCUAAAAUGAUGAUCAGCUCGGAAACCGUCCGGUGGUUGGCCGGCGUUUGCGACGGCGAUGCCCGAAUCGGAUUGAAUAGUCUGCAGUUGGCACUCAAUACGGUGGCAGCUCGGCAGGAAGAGGAAGGAAGCGCCUUGAAGAUGGUUUCACUGGAUGAAAUCCAGGAGGGAAUAAAGAAAUCUCACCUGCUGUACGAUCGCAAAGGGGAUCAACACUACGAGCUGAUCUCGGCCCUGCACAAAUCGGUCCGGGCUUCGGACGACAACGCGUCCCUUUACUGGUGCACCCGGAUGCUGGCGUCCGGGGAAGAUCCUCGCUAUCUGGUCCGGCGGAUGAUUCGAAUGGCCAGCGAGGACAUUGGCCUGGCCGAUUCAAAUGCCCUCACGGUGGCCACAUCGACGCUGGCUGCAGUUCAGCACGUCGGAAUGCCGGAAGCCGAUUGUAUCAUUGCCCAGUGUGCCGUGUAUCUGGCCAGGGCGCCCAAGAGUCGGGAGGUUUAUCAAGCUUUUGGGAGGUGUAAGGCUGCUAUCGCGGCAUUCAAGGGACCGAUGCCUCCGGUGCCGCUUCAUUUGAGAAACGCCAGCACCAAGCUGAUGAAGGAUCUGAACUUCGGAGCGGGCUACAACCUGCUGCAUAAGGACCAAUCGGGACUGCAGUAUAUGCCGGAAGGGCUGGAGGACGAGAAUUACUUUUCGGAAUGAAGAAUUGACCAAGUGUUGUUUUGUUUGAUUUUAUUC